ACAAAAAUGGCGUCGCCUGCAAAAAGUUCUCCGCGAGAUGCACAAGUUAUGGCAGCAAUUCUAAAAGAAAUGGGCGUUACAGAAUAUGAACCAAGAGUUGUAAAUGUCAUGUUGGAGUUCGUAUACCGUUAUGUAACUGAUGUCUUGGAAGAUGCUAAAGUCUAUUCUAAUCAUGCUAACAAGAAGUCAUUGGAUGCAGAGGACAUCAAACUGGCUGUACAGUGCCGUAUGGACCACUCCUACACAAGUCCACCGCCCAGAGACCUCCUAAUGGAGAUCUCCAAGCACAAAAAUAGCCAGGUUCUUCCACUGAUUAAACCGUACACAGGUCUGCGUCUGCCCCCAGACAGGUACUGUUUGUCUGCCCCUAACUACAAAAUGACCACUCACAAGGCAGUCAAAAAGCACCAGGCUAGGAUACAGAUUGGAAUACCACAGUUCCAGCAGAGAAUCAACCUGAGUCAGAUGUCAAUGACACCUGGUAAACUCGGUGCUGGAGGUCCACAUCUCACUGUGGUCACUAAACCAGGCAUGACUGUUCCUGCUGUUACCAUAGUAACCAAGCCCUCUGGCCAUCACCCUACAAUGACCAAACCAGCCAUCCGAAUCUCCACAGGCCCGGCCUUAAACUCCUUAAACCAGGUGCGUACAUUUCAACACAGCAUCCCGGUGCCUAGUAGCCAUCAGUCUGCCCCUCAGUCUUCUAUACAAUUCCAGCCAUUACAGAGCACCACGAUGUCCCUCAUUGCCGGUCAAUCAUUAAACCCACUGAAGCGGAAAAUGCAGGAUGAUGACUACGAUAAUCCGUCCUGAGGAUUAUGUGCUUUUUAACCUUUAUUGAAUGAAGAGUUACAUUUGACUUGGAAUGUACUGUCCAUUUUAGCCUCAUUUGACUGGAGAGCUGCAGAAUGGUGAACAUUAUGUUAUGAUAGUUCUGUAUUUGAUGGAAUCGUGCUGACAAUGACAUGUAUGUACAUGGCCAGCUGGAAAAGAGCUCAGCUUAAUGAUGUUAACAGGUGUGUGUUAACAUGUGUAUUGUUCACAUUGGAAUGUGUAACUAUGUAUGGUGUUCACAUUGGAAUGUGUAAUUGUGUGUUGUUCACAUUGGAAUGUGUAACUAUGUAUGAUGUUCACAUUGGAAUGUGUAACUAUGUAUGGUGUUCAUUGGAAUGUGUAAUUGUGUGUUGUUCAAAUUGGAAUAUGUAACUAUUUGGGGUGUUCACAUUGGAAUGUGUAACUAUGUAUGAUGUUCACAUUGGAAUGUGUAACUAUGUAUGGUGUUCAUUGGAAUGUGUAACUAUGUAUGAUGUUCACAUUGGAAUGUGUAACUAUGUAUGGUGUUCAUUGGAAUGUGUAAUUGUGUGUUGUUCACAUUGGAAUAUGUAACUAUUUGUGGUGUUCACAUUGGAAUGUGUAACUAUGUAUGAUGUUCACAUUGGAAUGUGUAACUAUGUAUGGUGUUCAUUGGAAUGUGUAACUAUGUAUGAUGUUCACAUUGCAAUGUGUAACUAUGUGUGGUGUUCACAUUGGAAUGUGUAACUAUGUAUGAUAUUCACAUUGGAAUGUGUAACUAUUUUGGUGUUCACAUUGGAAUGUGUAUUAACUAUGUAUGAUGUUCAUAUUGGAAUGUGUAACUAUUUGUGGUGUUCACAUUGGAAUGUGUAACUAUGUAUGGUGUUCACAUUGGAAUGUGUAACUAUGUGUGUUGUUCACAUUGGAAUGUGUAACUAUGUGUGUUGUAUACAUUGGAAUGUGUAACUAUGUGUGUUGUUCACAUUGGAAUGUGUAACUAUGUGUGUUGUAUACAUUGGAAUGUGUAACUAUGUGUGUUGUUCACAUUGGAAUGUGUAACUAUGUGUGUUGUAUACAUUGGAAUGUGUAACUAUGUAUGGUGUUCACAUUGGAAUGUGUAACUAUGUAUGGUGUUCAUUGGAAUGUGUAAUUGUGUGUUGUUCACAUUUGAAUGUGUAACUAUUUGUGGUGUUCACAUUGGAAUGUGUAUUAACUAUGUAUGAUGUUCACAUUGGAAUGUGUAACUAUGUGUGUUGUUCACAUUGGAAUGUGUAACUAUUUGUGGUGUUCACAUUGGAAUGUGUAACUAUUUGUGGUGUUCACAUUGGAAUGUAUAAAUGUGUGGUGUUCACAUUGGAAUGUGUAUGUGUUGUUCAUAUUUGAAUGUAUAACUAUGUGUGGUGUUCACAUUGUAAAGUGUAACUAUGUGUGAUGUUCACAUUGGAAUGUGUAACUAUGUGUGGUGUUCACAUUGGAAUGUGUUACUGUGUGGUGUUCACAUUGGAGUCUGUAAAUAUGUAUCUAUUAGAUGGAUUAAACCAUUCAUAUUGAUUUGA